AUCACAUCCAGGGUUAGCGAAGGGGAGGGUCAAGUGCGAGAUUCCGGCGUCGUUGUCCAGCGAUGACAACAGAGUGAUGGAACACAAGACUUUGGUGUAUAUAUACAUACAUCACAAGUACUCAAGUCCUCUAGUCCUCUUUAGUAAUCUCAUACGAGACGAAGCCGAUUGACUCAUAAAGAUUUCAGAAUCUUUGAUACAUAUUCACCCCGACAUUUUAGUAGAUCACGUAAAGAUGUGCUUCACAGUCUACAUCCAUCACACUACUAGUGAACAUGACACACGGCACUUGAGUAUCAUUAACCCAGUCACGGGCCAUACCGUAUACAGCCCGUGGCAGAGGCCGUAUUAUACGAAAUGUGAGCAUCCUCAUAUUGUAGGACCAAUCCAUCCAGGGGAACAUUGUAAAUGGCACCCUGGAUGCUGCCGUCUUGAGUGUCGCAAGUGGUGUUGGACGAAAGGUUGUAAAGUGUUGGCCGAGUACCACCACUUUGUCGACAAAGAGAAAGGUGAGGUAAAUGACACCUCCUUUCUACAGCAGUAUAUGGGACGUAGCGUGGAUCGUCUUUGGAUCGCCGGGCACUUUUUUAAAAACGGCGUCGAACUUCACAUGGCUAGGCAUUUCAUAAAGGAGUCACGGCGGAUUAUUAAGGAGUCUCCAAACCCUCUCGAUGUGACAAGGUCCAUCUGGUUAAAAGAGAGGACCAGCGCCGACGAGCAGUUAGCGAUAGCCGGUCUGGGUCAGUUCGCUCUACUCUGGAAUAUGAAUGUCGGGUUCGGCGGGCUUCCCCCCCGUCCUGGCUUCGAACCAGACCCAAGGCGUAACGGAGAUAUAGAGAGGCUCUUGGGUCUACGAGUUGUACCCGUCCCGGAUAGUGAGGUGGUUGUAGACACCAACGACAUUAAGUGGCCAUACUACGUAAAACUGGAGCAACAGUAUCAAGCUGGCAUCGAACCGAUACCAGACAUUCCAGUUAUCGUCCCGUCGAUUGUAAAGGGGACGAGACUCGAAUCUCUUGUGGACCCAAUGCCCUCAGCCCAGUUUUCGGGAUCUCAUACGCUUAAGACAGGCAGCGUAGGCACACGCUCCAACCCUGGCAACCUCGCCAGGAAGGGGGGGAAGACAGUACAUCGCGCUGAGGCCGUGGUAGGUCAUUGGCCUCUCACGGAGGCUCGCAACGCCGUGAAAUGGUAUAAGGUACGCUGGGCGGAAGACUCUGGGGAUAAAGAGACGUGGGAGAACAACCACCACAUUUCGGCGGAGCUCAUACAUGUGUACUGGCAGAGGUUGGACGCGGAUACGCCACCGCAGUAAUUCUUGAAGUGUUGUACGGGAGCCAUCGUAUGUGUGUGUGUGUGUGGUGUGCUAAGGAGUAUGCUGUGCCGGAAUUACGUCUGGGACUUUUCUGGAUUUUGGAAUCAAAGCAGAAUUUCGUCUCUCGCUCUAGUUGGAAAGCCCGACACAUUUCUAUUGCGAAUCGUAAUAGAUAGGUACCUACCUAAUAAGCACUUAGGUGUUUAAUAUGUACCUCUAGUAGUUACUAGUUGUGUCGUCAAUAGGCAAAUAAACUAGUUCUAAACUCCUAUGCCAGUAAGCUGAUGAAACCAGUGUCGACCAUCUUUCUCUUUAC